AUGUUGGAGCUGAAAAGAAAAAGGGUCAAUAAUGAGAAAGAUCUCCGAGAAGAGUUGGAUAAGCUGAGGAUUGAGCUCGGGAAUAGCAAAACUCAUCAAAAAUUCCUGGAAGACCAACUUUUGAAACAAGAAGAGAUGAAAGCCUCUCUGGAUCAGCAAUUGAAGGAAAGAGAUGAGCAAAUUAUUAAGUUAAAAGAAAUCCAGCCUGAAGCAAAUGAGCAACUGAAGGAGGGGAAGACCAAGAAUGACGAGUUGGUAAAAAAGCAUGUAAUGGUGGAGUACGAAUUGGUGAGUCUAAAAAGGGCCUUAGAAAGUAGAAAGUCUGUCGAUAAAGAGACAAUAGCUUCUCUGAAGAAAGAAAGGGACCAAUAUAAAUCAAAAUGGGAAGCUGAAAAAGAGAAGAACAGAUUAGCUGAUCUCACCAUUGAAGAAGAAAUAAGAUUAAGAACUCGAUAUCAGAUGCAAGCCGAAGAUGAGAGAGAAGCAAGGAGGGCAACCGAGUCAAAUAUGAAGGAAUACCUGGACAAGAUAAAUGGUAUGAGAAACCGAGUGUCUGUGAUACAAGCCGAGCUUGAGUCCCGAGAGGAAGAAGCAAGGGAAAUGCAAGAGCAGUUUGAGGAAUGA